AUGGCGGCAGAAGUUGUAACAGAACCAUCACGUUCGUGUUUGGCCCUGGCGAAGGUAAUCACGCAGUACAUUACCUACUUCUUCUGGCCUACCCCUGUAAUCAAGAAAUCUUCGGACUGGGGAAAGAGACAGCCAUUCAUCAGGACACUUCAGGCAUCGAAUCUCAUCGAAAAACACUGUGGAAUUGCUAUCCUCAUGCACUUGAACAAGACAGAAGAUUACCUCUCUCCCCAAGAGACCCAACAGCUGGCCGUUCUGCUUAGGGAGCGAGGCAGGUUCGUCACUCACAAAGAACUCUUGGUCAGACAGAGCAAGGCCUUAAACAAGAGUAUAGUCUCUAGACUAGAAAUUCUUGAGAUACUCGUCAUUGAGCAGCGCCUCAUUUUUAGCCGUCCGAGGUGCAACUAA